AUGACACGCCGAGUUGCGUCUGCCAUCGCUAGCCGAUUGACACGCCGACGCUUCGUUGCCAACCUCGCUUCUCGCUUCGCCAACCGGCGGUUUGCAUUUGCUGUCGCAACCGUCUCCAUCUUCAGCGCCAAGGGCGUUCACAUCUAUACACACCUGUCUUCAUUGCCAGUCGUUCACUUGGUGCGGUGGGGCUAUUCGUUCUUUGCUCAGGAUGCUGCGCUUCUCGUGCUCGUGCGGCUGCUGCUUGACCCCUGGUUGGUGGAGGGGUCUGGGUGGCUGCGAACAGUGACGAUGACUCUGGCCUCUAUCAUUAUCGGAUAUCUCAUUACUGUGGGCGUCUUGACGGUAUCUUUUUUUGCAGUAAGCGGCUCGGAGAUUCAUUGGCGCAACAUUGGCUUGGCGGGCGAUGCGUCGUCCCUUGGCAUGUUUCUAUCUGGUCUGGCGUCGUUCCUGUUUGUGCUUUCCACCGUCCUCUUUGUCGCCUAUGUCUUGCAAGAGAUCUGCUACAAGACUGCGGGCGUGGCCACCGACAUUCUCAAGUGGCCCAUAUCGUAUGCUUUGCGCAAAGCAUCUCCGCCAACGACUUACUCUCAGGUGCCACAGCUCGACAUUGAGCUUGCCAACACAUACAACGAGCUGGAAGAAGAAGAGUUUUGCAACAUGAAGAGCAAGACGUCAAUGACCAUUCUGAGGCGAUUAUUCUCCCUCUUCAUCGGCUGCGCACUCUUAACCCAUGUCAUUUUGUUUAUGAUUCGGCCGAACGAGAGUGCCUUAAACUUCUUAUCCUGGACACCCGCCCUCUUACCAUUUGUCGACUUCAGCUUUUCGUCUCCUAGCCUGGAUCACUUGGAACCCGUCUAUGGCUCCAGCAUUGGGCACUCCUGGGAUAACUACACCGCACUAGCCGCCCCAGCCCUGUUCUCGUGGCUGCCUGAGAGGCCUGUUCCCGGAUUUGAGGACUGGUAUACGGACGACGAGCAUUAUAGUGCUGACGCAGAUCCCCUUAAAAUCUCCAACUUGGAAGAGAAGUUGCUGCCAGCUCUACAAGGCAAGCUGGGUGACGUACCAAUUCGCCACGUCAUGCUCAUCCUUCUCGAAAGCACACGAAAAGACGUCUUCCCUCUGAAGAAGGAUGGCAUUGUCUGGAACCGCCUGGCGAAUUCAUAUAGCAACGGCACAUUGCCCGAGGAGACCCAAACUGUGCUGGCAAAUCUCACGCCCAAUGCUAAUUUUAUUACCGGUGACUACGACGACGGCUUUGCUCACCAGACCAAGAAGAAGCGCGGCGGUAUCAACUUCAAUAACGUCUUCACCACGGCUACCUACACCAUCAAGAGUAUUACGGGUACAAUGUGCGGCCUCACACCGCUCAUGGCAGACUUCAAUCUCGAAUAUCUCCACCACUUCUACCAGCCAUGCUUACCCCAGAUCUUCGACGCCUUCAACAGACUAGACGAUGAUGAUUAUGAUGACUUCGACGACCGUGGCCCCUAUGGGCCUCCUGGUCACCACGGCCCUCCUGGUCAUCACGGCCCUCCUGGUCACCACGGCCCCCCUGACCCUCACGGCCCUCCUGGUCCUCCUGGUCACCACGGCCCCCCUGACCCUCACGGCCCUCCUGGUCCUCCUGGUCACCAUGGCGGUCCUGACCCUCACGGCCCCCCUGGCCAUCACGGCGGUCCUGGCCACCACGAAGUCCGAAAUUCUGAUGAUUUCACAUCGUUCAAGUGGCGCUCUACUUUCAUGCAAUCCGUCACUAAAAACUACGAUCGAUAUGUGCCCCUCUUGUCAAAAAUGGGCAUCACCCCGGAAAGCCUGGUCUCUAAAGAAUAUCUAAAGAGUCCUUUUGCCAAAUUUGGCCCUGUAGAUCUACCAGACAUCAAUUACUUUGGCAUGGCCGAUAUUGCCGUUGAGGACUACAUUCGGGAUGCAUUUGUACAGGCCAAGAAGAAUAACGAGCGAGCAUUUGUCACACACCUUACCAGUACAAGCCACCAUCCGUUUGCUAUUCCUGCUGAGGAAAAAUAUACACCCCUAGGAAACGGCUUAGACGAUAUCUCACACUAUCUCAAUGCCAUCGGCUACGACGACAGAUGGCUAGGCAAGAUAAUGGAUAUUCUUGAUGACGAAGAUGUUGCGGAUGAGACUCUUGUUGUUUUGGUUGGCGACCAUGGCGUGUCUAUGCCGGAAAAUAACAUUCUGGCGCCAUACUACAACCCCAAUGUUGGCACCCUACGCGUACCUCUUGUUCUCUCUCACCCAAAGCUGCCGGCAAUUGAUGUCGAUGAUGCAGUAAUGUCGUCGCAAAUUUUACCGACCAUACUCGAUCUCCUCCGCGAAACAGGCUCGCUUUCCCAGUCACAGACGCAAGCCGCAUCUGAUUUGGUCCAAAACUAUGAAGGACAAUCUCUUAUUCGCCCACUUCAUGCGUCGUCCAAUGAAACCGGCCAAGGGAACUGGCAAUUCACCGUCAUCAACCCAGGUCGCGCCAUGCUGAGCAUCCGCGACGCCCGUCACCCUGACUGGCUCCUCAUUGUGCCCGUUAUCGACAAUGUCGAGUGGCAAUUCACGAAUCUAAUGACAGACCCAACUGGAGCACAAACGUUACUCGGAUUCGACUUUGUUAAUUUCAUGUAUGGUGUUGAGAAAUCACAUGGUGUCGACGCCGCGAAAUGGGUCGAAGAAGCUGCAUUUAUGGCCCGCUGGUGGGUCGAAGAGAAUGGGAAGCGAUGGCGUUAUGGGCCCUAUGCCAACUAA